ACAGGAAGGGAGGGGGGAGCAGGAUGGGAGCCUGCAGACCGCACACCAGCGUGAGCUGCUGUACCGACAGAGAGGAGAGGAGAGAGACGGAGGCAGACUGGGUCCCUAAUCCCCCCUCCGCCACCAGACUGACAGAACACAGCCUACAGGAGGACCAUGCUGCACUCCGGGGUGAAGCUCUGCGCUCGGCUGCUGCUGCUGUCCCUCUCCUGGGGGGGCACCCAUUCAACAGGGGGACCCGGCUCCACCCUGCCCCCGGUGGUCUCCGGACCCCCGCUCAGCUCAGACGUGAGGAGUGUGGUGUUCAAAGGGGAGAGCCAGGUGGAGGAGGUCCAGGUGGUGCGGCCCCUGACGCUGGCCCUGGAGUGCACCUGGACCGGCAGCCAGGACCGACCGCACAACAUCUCCGGCUUCUGGAGGAAGGACGGGUCUGAGCUGGCGGACAGCCGGCGCCCCGUGCUGCUGGAGAACCAGCAGUAUAACCUCAGACGGGCGUUCAGCAUCACUGAUGAAGAGGGCUUGGGUAAUUACUCCUGUGUCUUCGACAAUCAAGCGGAAGUAGACUUCAUUUUGGCAGCGCCGCGGGUCGGGGAGGUGAGAGAUAAGCCCAUCGUCAGCUACGUGGGCGACUCUGUGGUCCUCCAAUGCAAGAUGGAAGACACCAAGCCCCAACCCAACUCCUGGACCUGGUACCGGGCCAACGGAACCGACAAGGAGCUCCUAGACCCUGAGCCGGACUCCCCCCGGUACCAGAUCCACAACCAGGAGGGGAAGACCAAGCUGACGGUGCGGAACCUGACGGAGGCGGACUCCGGGGCCUACUACUGCGGGGCGGUGUACGACAUCAGCGUGACCCUGAGCCGCGUGGACCUCCGGGUCAUCACCUUCCUGGAGCCGCUGAAGCCCUUCCUGGUGAUCGUGGGCGAGGUGCUGGUCCUGGUCUCCCUCAUCCUGCUGUACGAGAGGACCAAGGCCCACGGGCCGCAACCCGAUAAUACAUUGAGUGAUGACCAAGCUCAUAAACUGACCCCCGACGACGCCGGUGGAGAGGUCACGGAUUCUUCCACCAGGCAGCGGAAGGUCUGACCGGCCCAUCGGAUUCCUCUUGCCCAGGAAGUGUGUUUGUGGAUCAUUGUAUUAUCAACAGAACAGAGCUUUAUGAACUAAUGUGGACCGACCUCAGACCAGUCUCACUUUGGAUUGGAGUUCGCUCAAACUCCAAAUAUUAAUGUUAUCUUUGGAACCAAAUCUAUUUAAUUUUGACUUUGUUUCAGUGACUAAUUCAGCGCUCAUUAUACCGGUGUUUAACACUUUUUCACAGUGCCUUAAACGGUCCAAAAGUACCAGCUAGACUGCUGAUCAUGAGGCUUUACCUGCUCUACACAUCGGCAAACAACUGCUUCUCUUCUCAACCUUUCAGCUCAGAAUAUCCCUCCUCAAGAGGCUGUGCCUGUAGCACUCAUAACGUGCAACCAAAAACCUUUUCAAGCGUCAAAUAUCCAAAUAAAAAAAAGGUACUAAAGAGUUUGAUUCAGAUUCUAAUUAUUUGUUGCCCAACACAACACCCCCCCUAGUGGAGGAAAGCUGAAUUCCAUGAAGACAUGAAUGAUGCAGCUAACCCAUUACUCACUGACACCCAUUAUACUGUUUACUGGACUAACCUUGUUCAACCAAACCAAACAUUACUAGAUUAAUAUUGUGGUGCGGUGGAUUACAGUAAAACACACAUGGACUACUUCAAAAGCAUUAAUUUAUCGAGGCAUGAACACAAUUUGCAGUCUUCUCAAGCAUAAAUAUACAGCGCUGGAUGUGGUUCCUCCAACUCAUCCCCCGUCCUCGCCACUCUCCAAGCCCCUUGGUGGGAUCAAGUCUUUGAGGUUCUGAAUUCUUGAUAACAUGGUUCCAACCGAAGUGUCCUCAACAUGAUCCCUUUAUCGUCAGAAUCAGAGGGGCCUGGAAUAGACCACGGGCCACUCCCUUUACAGGGGCCGACCCAGGACCUGUCGGGGGUCUAGGACCGACCCAGGACCGGACGGGGGCCUAGGACAGACCCAGGACCGGACGGGGGUCUAGGAUCGACCCAGGAGCAGUCAGGUCUAUAAGCCCCCC